ACUCUGUGUGUGUGUGAGAGUGUGUGUCAGAGCAAAAUGGUGUUAAACGUAAAUAUAGUAAACGCGCCGGUGCCUCUACCGAUUCCCAGUCCACCAGCCACCAAAUCUCGCAUACAAAUCGAUUGGGAUAUCAAUGAUACGAAAAUGCCAACAGUUAGCGAAUUUGAUGAUUUCAAUGAUUGGGCCAAUGGACAUUGUCGUCUGAUCUAUACGGCUCUGAACGAUGAUGCCCGCAAACAUGCCAGCGGUUGGGCCAUGAGGAAUACCAAUAAUCAUAAUGUGAAUAUAUUAAAGAAAAGCUGUCUGGGCGUCCUUUUGUGCAGUGCCAAGUGUAAGCUGCCCAAUGGAGCGAGUGUUCAUCUUAGACCAGCCAUUUGCGAUAAGGCCAGAAGGAAGCAGCAGGGCAAACAGUGUCCCAAUAGAAAUUGCACUGGCCGCCUGGAGAUACAAUCUUGUCGCGGUCAUUGCGGCUAUCCGGUAACACAUUUCUGGCGUAAGGACGGCAAUGGCAUCUACUUUCAAGCCAAGGGCACCCACGAUCAUCCCAAGCCAGAGGCAAAGGGUUCCACCGAGGCACGACGUCUAUUGGCGGGAGGACGACGUGUUCGUAGUCUGGCCGUUAUGUUGGCCAGAGAUGCGGCCUUAAGUGAUAAACUAAGCAGCUUGAAGACCAAUAAACGUCAAGCCAAGACACAAUUGAAUCAGCAGGAAACGAAACGUAAACGCACCGAAGUGAUGCCAAUCAAUCAGCAAGAUUUAAGUGGAUUGUAUCAGAACAACAACUUAAACUCUCAGCAAUCGAAUUAUAUUGCCACGCCAGCAACAGCAAAUCAAUGGAAUAAUAAUACUGAAACUUACUAUAAUCAAGAUGGAUUUACAUGUUAUAAUUCUACGAAUAAUCUCUAUGGUUAUGAAAUGUUGCAUUCACCUUUAUCCUCGACUAGUACCAGUUCGGCUAGCUAUUAUCAAGAGAUUCUGCCGCAAAGUCAACAAAUGCAACCCACACAACAACAGCAACAACAACCCACGCCAACUCACUAUGAACCGAUGAACUCUACAACAAAUUAUCAAACAACGGGCAUGACUUUAUAUGAGAGUUGUGAUGACACAUCCAGUUUGACCAGCAGUUCUGGCUACAGUUCCGAAGAUUAUAGUUAUUUCAAUAACUAUGUUAAUUCCACUGCCGAUGUCACCGCAGCAGGAACACAAUCUGCCACACAAUCUGGGGAUAAUUUCUUUACCACAAGUUCAGAGAUUUUCAGUGUAUUUGAGUCCACCAUCAAUAAUAGUGCAGAUGCUGCCAACAUGGAUUUACUAUAUAGUGAGGCAACAGCCUAUCAACAGCCACAACAGGCAUAUAUAUCUCCUAGCUAUCAGCAGGAACAUCAUCAAUCAGGAGAUUUCUACUACAGCAAUACGGGUGUGGAUAAUGUAUGGAAUAUACAAAUGGAUUCGAGUACCCUAUAUCAUCAUCAACAGCAGCAGCAGCAACAACACCAUCCAACUUCGACAAAUGUUUAUUGCUAGACUAGGCAAAAGUCCGACCUCAUUAUCCUAAAGAUCUCUCGAUUAUCCUAUAUACAUUCCCUAUUCUAUCACAAUUCCCAAUCCAACAAUCUUUUAAGCGUUGUUCUAGUCUCUAACAUCAAAUUUUUCCCUAAACUUAACGUUCUUCGUUGUUCAAUCCAUUGAAUUGUUAAUUAAAAAUAAAUUUUUGUAUGUUUCUAUUAUUAGUUAAUAGUUUGUAGUUAGUAGUUCCUAAGCGAAUCGAUUAUACUAUCUAUCUAUAUAAAUAAUUACAAUUUGUUU